AUGAACAUAUGUACCUUCUCAGAAAAUCAAUCACUGCAAUUAUAUAACCAUGUCAAAGACCUCGAUAAUCGCCUGAUGCCGCUGACCAAAGUAGAGUUUUUGAAAUUGGCAUUUCAAUUUGCAGAACGUUUAAAAAUACCUCAUAGGUUCAAUAAAGAAAAGAAAAUGGCCGGCAAAGAUUUUUAUUAUAGCUUCAUAAAGAAAUACCCAGAUAUUGCUCUCAGAAGUCCAGAGUCAACCAGCAUUGCAAGAGCCGUUGGGUUUAAUAAACCACAAGUCUAUCGGUUUUAUGAUCAGCUCCACCAACUACAAGAUAAAUACAAAUUCCCUGCCUCCAGAAUAUACAAUGCUGAUGAAACGGGGGUCUCCACUGUACACAAGAAUGAGAAAGUUAUUUCUACUAAGGGAAAAAAGCAAGUUGGCAAGUUGACUUCUGGUGAAAGAGGACGAAACAUUACAUUGAUGUUUGCUAUGAGCGUGUGCGGCCAUUUUAUACCUCCACUUUUUAUUUUCCCGAGGAAAAGGAUGGAUAAAAAUGGUCGUUUGAUGAUUGGAGCUCCACCAGAUAGCAUUGCUAUUCCACACGAAAGUGGUUGGAUGAAUGGUGAGAUAUUUUUGAUGUGGCUCCAGCAUUUCAAACAGCACGUACAGCCUUCGAAGGAGAACCCUGUCCUUCUGAUUCUCGAUGGACAUGGAAGCCAUAAAGAGUUGGCAGUGAUAGAAUUUGCUCGAGCUAAUCACAUCCAUAUGAUUAGCACUCCACCACACACAACACACAAGGUGCAACCUCUGGACAGGGUAUUUUUCAAGCCGUUUAAGUCUGCAUUUGGUUCAGCAAGCGCAAUGUGGAUGAGACAAAAUCCAGGGGCUAGGAUCACUGAUUAUGACAUCGCUGCUUUAGUCAAUUCAGCUUUCGUUAAGGCAGCGAGACUAGAAAUAGCACAGAAUGGGUUCAAAUGCACAGGGAUUUAUCCAUUCAAUAGGGAAAUUUUCAGUGAUUUGGAUUUUUUGCCAUCAUUGAUGACCAAUAUUGAACAGGAACCAGCUUUUUCUGAAGAGACAGUCGUGGGAUCACAGUUAUCAACUAGUUGCAAUCAGCAGAAAUCCAGAUGCUGCAAUCAACAGUCAUCCUCUAGUGGUACCCAGCAGCCAUCCACAAGCUGCACCCAGCAGCCAUCCACUAGUUGCACCCAGCAGCCAUCCACUAGUUGCACCCAGCAGCCAUCCACUAGUAGUAACCAGCAACCAUCUACCAGUCUUAUAUCACACCCAUCAGCCAGUGGCAAUACGCAGCCAUCAUUUAUGCCCGCAUCAACGUCAGAAAUUACAGAAUCAACUGCACCUGCUACUGUAAAUGAAUUGCUUAAGCAGUUGUCCCCUCUUCCCGAUGCAUCCAAGAGGCGUCUUGCAGCGCGUUCACGAAAAACACAAAAAAGUGAGAUUCUGACAUCUUCGCCCUUCAAAAAUGCGUUGGUAGAGAAAAAGGCUGCGACCAACACAACCAAGGCUGCAACCAAUAAAACUACAACGAAUAAAAGAAAGGCGGCAACUAAUAAAAUGAAAACAAAGAAGAAUAUUCAAAGUUUGACUCAGCUAGAAAGAGACCACGAUACAGAAUGCAUCAUUUGUGGAGAAACGUUCGAGGAAGAUUGGAUCCAGUGUCAUAGAUGCAAAGACUGGGCGCACGAAGCGUGUGUGGAUAUUGAUCCGUCGCUGGCUUACUACUAUUGUGACGUAUGCAAGGCUAAAGAACGAUUUGGUCAUCAGUAA